GGUUGGGCGCUGCGGUGAGUGGCGGCGGCCGGGGGCGGGCCGGCCUUGUCCUCUUCUCAGAGCUUGGGGCGGCGGGCAGGGGGUGGAGGCGCGGAGCGGAGCGGGCCCUGGGCGGCAGCCGGCUCCCCGCGGCCUGCAGCGCCGUGCGGAUCCGGGGCUCGGCUCGGAGCGGCGGCGGGUGCGGGCUCCUUCCGUUCCUCCCCUCGUUCCUCCCCUCGUCCCAGGCGCGCCGGAGCUCUGCUGCUCCACACGGAUUGAUGUCGGAGGAAAGCGGGGUGGUUGCUGCCUUCCCACUCCGGAGGUCCGAGCUCUGGGUUUGCUGUAGAAGCGGCAGAGCAGUCGUUAACUCGGCAUGUCCGCGAGCAGUUUGUAAUAGGAUCGUGUAAUCACAAAGAAGACACGGGAGUAGGAGGAAAACAUCCUGACACCUUCCAGGAAACUGGAGACUUUUUACACUGCAAUAAUCAAUAAACAAGUGUGAAGCAUGAGGAUCAACUCUGCUCUUCAGGCUGCUAUUGACCUCACAGCAGGAGCUGCAGGUGGGACAGCCUGCGUGGUGACUGGCCAGCCCUUUGACACAGCAAAGGUGAAGAUGCAGACGUUCCCUGACAUGUACAAAGGAAUUGUUGACUGUUUUGUGAAAACCUACAAACAAGUGGGAUUUCGAGGCUUCUACAAGGGGACCACGCCUGCUCUGGUAGCCAACAUUGCGGAGAACUCUGUUCUUUUCAUGUGCUAUGGGUUUUGCCAACAAAUUGUGAGAAGAAUUGUUGGAGUAGACAGGAAAACAAAGCUCAGUGACCUACAGAAUGCUGCCGCGGGCUCCUUCGCCUCUGCCUUUGCCACGCUUGUUCUGUGCCCCACAGAGCUGGUGAAGUGCCGGCUGCAGGCCAUGCACGAAAUGCAGUUGUCGGGAAAGAUAGUGCAGGGACAGAGUACAGUUUGGUCAGUAGUGAAGAGCGUCAUCCAAAAGGACGGCCCCCUUGGCUUUUACCGUGGCCUGUCGAGCACUUUGCUGCGGGAAGUCCCCGGCUAUUUCUUCUUCUUCGGGGGGUAUGAGCUGAGCCGGACGUUCUUCGCCUCUGGGAGAUCGAAAGAUGAAUUGGGACCCAUUCCUUUGCUGCUCAGUGGAGGUUUUGGAGGCAGCUGUCUGUGGAUCGCUGUGUAUCCUGUGGACUGUGUCAAAUCUAGAAUUCAGGUUCUUUCAAUGGCUGGAAAGCAAACGGGCUUCAUGGGAACGUUUGUAACUGUCGUGAGAACUGAAGGUGUACUUGCCUUGUAUUCUGGACUAAAGCCAACUAUGAUCCGUGCAUUCCUGGCCAAUGGGGCACUGUUUCUUGCCUAUGAGUACAGCCGGAAACUUAUGAUGAAACAGAUAGAUUCUUACUGAUUCCUUCUAGCAAACAGAACAACCCUUUAAAUAAAUGAUCAAAGCCUGUAGGACUCAUCACGAUCUGAGAGCAGUACCAGAUCACUGACCUGAUUUUAGGAACUCAGUUCCAGUUUAGGAUUUGUAAUCUUUUAAAUUCAAGUGAUUUUUAUGGAGAGGUAUAUGUGCUUCUUGAAUUGGACGGGCAGGACUGUCUCCAUCUUGCAGAUUCUGCACUGGGUAUGCUGUGCAUCAUAAAUGUCUCUUCCUGCCUGUAAUGGUGCUAAAAAGACAUACUGGUUUUUAAUGUUACAGGCAGAACAGGCUGUAGUUGGUUAAAGGCAAAGCACUGCUUUAGAGCCUGUGCUGUGACUGCUCCAUUUCCCAUUUCUUGCUGGCAAUAUCUGAUUCCAUGUAAUUCCAGUCUUGUCUAAUCUUAGCGAGUGUGGCUGUCAUUUUCUAGCUCCCUCCUACCCUGUGAUUUUCCAGGAUCAUUGCAGCUGGUUCCUGACUCGCAUACUCUGACACACUGAUGGCCUUAUAGAAGCUACAAGCGUUCACCCCCUACUUUUACUGUCUUAUGAUGUAGAGCUGAGAUAGGGUUGCAUUGGAGAUAAAAUAUGAAGUUACUGGAUGUAAGGAGUCAAUGCAGCAUUUGUAACAAUUGUUUGCUGCAGGCGGUGCUGAAGUAUUAUAAAUAGUACUGAAUUAAACUAACAUAGGAGGGCUGCUGGAAACAGCUGCUUGUUCAAAGCACGGAGUUGUAACGUGCAAGCUCACAGUUAGGUCACCUUGGUGGAGAUGAGUCUGUGUGCUUGAAGGACAGGAAGCUGAAGAGGAACAAAGCCAGAGCCAACUUCUUGAAGACAGCCGACACCGUGGGCUUCAAUCUAUUCUGACUGGAGUCCUGCCACAUGUGCCACUUGCUGCAGCUCUUCAGCUGAGUGGAAAACAUUUGGUGUCUUGGGCCAUUCACAUCACCCUCAGUCCUGGAGGGCACAUCUGCUUUCUCCUGGCAUUUGCUUAAAUACGCAACUUAAGGCCAGUUAGUGUUGCCCAAAUUGAGACUGUAGCACCUCUUUUUCUAGUUGCUCCCUUCCUUUUCUUUAAGAAGCAGCCUACUGCCAAGCCUGGAAGAAGACAAAGCAAAUCUCAGUACAGUGCAGCUCAUAACUCAAACCUGGAGUUGUUGAGAGAUACUGCCUAUGUGAUGGUGUAACAUACCCACCCUUUGGACACGGGCAAGCCACCCUCUUGUCUAGCAGCACUUUGACCCAUCACAUAGAAGUUAGCAGCUUGUUACAGCAAAUAGAACAUGCCAGUAAGUGACAGUUCUAUGCUACAGCCUGUGUCAUACCCCCAGAAAGAGGAAAAAGCUGUAGACACAGAAAAACAUCUCACUGCCUCUUGUGAUGGAGCCAGAGCACACUCAAAGGGGCUACUAAUGGAAGGUGGUUACUGCAGGUCCACAGACCCUUUUUGCUUCUUCAGCCUUCAGGAGCAGCACAAACCGCUCCCACAAAAGGGGCAGUUAUAAACAGUGCAUGGCUGAAGAGGCUGUAGUGUGUAUUGCACCACUUUACCUCGACUCACUGGUACAUGUGGCAGUAACACUGCACAAAGUCAGCUCUUUAAAAGGAGCUCAUGGCAAAGGUUUGAAUAACUCAGGUACAAGGGUAGGAUUUCAGGAGUCCUAAGCUUCCUCCUUUUCAAAGCUGUUUAUCCAAGAGAAAUAAUACCAGCUUUCAUGAUUGUACGCAGUUGUAAUAAAGGUAACAGAAUCCAUACCAGGGGAAUACUGAAAUUUAUGUCUUAGAUUUGUCUUUGCUUUCAUUGGAUAAAGCUCAGUUGCAAUUUUUAAUUAAAAAAAGAAGAGGCUUCAAGAGAAGCAGGAGUCUCAGAACCACUGCUAGCAGGAGGUUGGUGGCAGGAACAGAUGUGCACUCUGGGAGUUUACCUUUCAGAGCUGAACCAAGCAGUAACUUCUACAGCUGCAGUUAAGCUGCACGCACGUAUUGGUUGUUCAGCUGAGAACUUCAUGAUGUUGUUACAGGAAUUCAUGGCAAUAAAGUUUGAUUCAACUGA